GUUCCGCCCACUACGUCUGAUUGCAGUGAAGAGGUGAAGUGGUAAAGGCCGAUUAUUGAAUUACGAGCUGUUGAUUUGUGACAACUGGUUUUACAAUCUACGGAUUUAUCAUGGUUGUAGGGGGAAAGGCAGCAGCCCACUGAACAUGCCAGUACAAAGAUCAUAAACAGUAGAGGAGAGCUCCUUGUCACCUGCAAUGUGACCUACACCAAUGUUAUUUUUUUGCAUCCAGUUCAGACUCUUUGCUCAUGGCUGCAUUAUAAAGAAGUGUGGAGGUGCAGAACAGGAAUCAAAUGGACUGCUGCAUAAGUGUAUGACGAGGAUAAAGAAUAACAAACUCACUUUCCAAAACUAGCAGCAAAAGAGAAAGUUAUUGGUGCAGAGGUAUGACUUCAGGGAGGGUUGGAGUUCAUCAUUUGCUGUUGGUGCUACUGGUUGUACUCCUUAACAGCUACUUGCUUCCUGCAUCUCAGUUUGACCCUUAUCACGUAUUAGGAGUCAGCAGGACUGCUAGUCAGUCGGAAAUCAAGCGGGCCUAUAAACAGCUAGCACGAGAAUGGCAUCCUGACAAGAACAAGGAUCCUAGGGCUGAAGACAAAUUUAUCCAGAUUAGUAAGGCAUACGAGCUGUUAUCUAAUGAAGAGAAGAGAAUGAACUUCGACCGUUAUGGAGAGACUGAAGAAGGUCCUGGCUACUCACAGCAGCAGCAGUAUCAGCAUUUCAACCGUUUUCACCAUAGCUUCUUUGAUGAAUCAUUUUUUCAGUACUCUUUCAGCUCUGGAGGAAGAGACAUUUCUGAUGAAAAGUACUUGUUACAUUUUACCAAUUAUGUAAAUGAAGUUGUUCCAGAUAGCUUCCGGAAGCCAUAUCUCAUCAAAGUGACCUCAGACUGGUGCUUCAGCUGUGUUCAUAUUGAGCCUGUAUGGAAGGAGGUUGUCCAAGAGUUGGAAAUGCUUGGUGUAGGAAUUGGUGUCAUUCACGCAGGAUAUGAAAGACGUCUGGCUCAACAUGUUGGUGCACACAGCACACCUUCAAUAUUUGGACUUAUCAAUGGGAAAGUAUCAUUCUUUCAUAAUGCUGUUAUCAGAGAAAAUCUUCGCCAGUUUGUGGAGAGUCUUCUACCGGGGAACUUAGUAGAAAAGGUUACAGACAAGAGUGUUGUUAACUUCUUGUCUACCUGGCAACAGGAGAAUAAACCACGGGUGCUAUUGUUUGACCAUAUCCCAGGUGUUCCAUUGUUGUACAAGCUUGAAGCAUUUGCUUACAAGGAUUUUGUAAGGUUUGGAUAUGUUGACCUGGGACGGGAAGAAACUGAAGAAAUGACAAGACGUUAUAAUGUAAACACACAUGCCCCUACAAUGUUGAGCUUCAAAGAGAAUGUCAACAAGCCUGCUGAUGUAAUACAGGCUAGGGGCAUGAAGAAACAGAUAAUGGAUGAUUUUAUCUCCAGCAAUAAGUUUCUUUUGGUGCCUCGGCUCAUAAAUCAGAAACUUUUUGAGGAACUGUGCCCUGUGAAGAAACUCCAUCGUCAGAGAAAGUACUGUGUGGUUCUUAUUACAGGAGAAGGAGAGAGCUUUUCUAAGACAUACGAUGCCUUCCUGUCCUUUGCUGCAACAAACAGCAGAGAAACUGUUCGGUUUGUAUAUAUGUAUUACAGACGACAACAAGAGUUUGCAAAUGCCUUGCUCACAACCAUCAGUGAUAUUAGGGCUGCAUCCUGGGUUGUAUUUCUGGAGAGACGCAAUGAAGCUGGAAAGGUGUUUUAUAAACUGAGUAAAGAUUCAUGGAGUGGCAGUGAAGAAAACAAGUCUGUGCUGUUUGAUGGUUUGAAUAUGUUAAAAAGUGAACCAGGAUUCCUAUCUGCAAGUACAGUAGUUCCUGAACUCAAUGAUGAACUGGCACCUAUAUUUUUCCUUCAGUGGUUCUACACUGUGACUGAAUACGUCUCUGAUUUUUGGGAUACUAUGCUGCACAACAACUGGCGGGAAAUGAUGCCUCUUGUGUCCUUGAUAUUUUCUGCACUUUUCAUACUGUUUGGAACAGUUAUAAUUCAGGCAUUCAGUGAUUCAGGUGAUGAAAGAGAAGAGAGAGAUGAAAAACCUUCAAAGAGAGAAAAGAUGCCAAAAAGUGAAUCAAAGAAUGAGACACACACGCGAGACACUUCCAGGGUUCCUAAAAAAGGUUUUGUAGAAGUGACUGAACUUACCGAUAUCAACUACAAAAGUAACCUGGUUCGUCUGUGGCCUGGCCAUAUUAAUGUUGUUCUAGUUCUCAGCAGUUCCACCAAAAAUGCUCUGUUGUACAAAUUUGCUCAGGAAGUGUACUCCUUCACUGGGAGUCAGACACUUCAUUUCUCUUUUCUAAACCUGGACAAACAUAAACAGUGGUUGGAAUACCUAUUAACCUUUGAACUAGAAGCUUCUGAAGACAGCAGUGAGAAGGAAGACCCCCUUAACACAGACUACACUGCCUAUGUGCUGGCACUAAAUGGGCACAAAAAAUAUUUCUGCCUGUUCAAGCCUCAAAACCUGUUUAGUAGCUCUGAUAACAGUGACACUAGUGAAGAACGUGAAUGGCUGCUAAAUGGGGAAGGGACUCAGAAAAUGUCUGGGUCAAGCUUUAGCACACGACAAAUACAGAACAAGUUAAGCAGGUUAUCAUUGUGGAUGGAACGUCUUUUAGAAGGGUCUUUGAAGCGGCACUAUGUCCCAUCAUGGCCUACACUUGACUAAAUGUUUGAAUAAUGAAUUAGAACUCAACAUUUUGCACUCAGAUAUUGCAUUUUUGAACUACAAACAUUUAACUUUGAGACUUAAGAAUAUGGUCUGAAUAAUCAAAUUAAGUCUCAGUAGCAUCAAAAGGCUCAUGCGUAUCAUGAUGUCACUCCACAAAAGGAGUUGCCAGAGUUUUCUUAUAAAGGUUAGGGGCCCUGCUGCAGUUACUUUUGCUGGAAACCAUGCAGUGGGAAAACCAAACAACAUUUGCAGUAGUCAACCUCUAAUUACCCUUAACAGCUGCUGCUUUUGUCUUUGAGAGGGAAUCACUCCAUUGACACUUCCCUUGAUGCUCUCUGCUUCUGUUCUGUUAGAAAUCCUGGAUAUGAUUCCUCGGGUCGCUCAGUCAUCAGAUGGCAAGAACCAUAGUUACUGUAAUUUGGUGGUACAGUGCUGCUUAUUAUUUUGUUACAUUGUUUUUGAACCAAAUGUAACCUGACAUAUUUGUGCACGUAGCAGGUAGUGUAUCUUAUAUCCUCAUAAUGCAUUGGUUCAGUUCUGAUUAUCUUUAGAAUUCCUGAGAAGCCAGGAUUUAUCGGAUAAUCAUCUUUCAUCCUGAACCAAGAAUACACACUGGAACAGAAGACAAAGGUUAUAUAAGUAUUUAUAAAAAAUGUUAUGAAGGGUAUCAUUAAUGUCAAGCAAAACCAAUACAAGUUAAAGUUGUUCAGAAUAUUUUACAAGUUGGUGAUGCCACUGUAGAUGGCAUUUUAACCUUUUGUUUGUAGAGGAAGUUUAUUAAAUUACUUACAUUUUGAAAUUUUAUGUACCUUUAACAUCCUAAAAUACUAUUUCUUAGAUGUAGAAAGAGCAAAAAUGAAAGUUAUUGGUUUAUUUUUGCUUGAAUUUGUCAGUGCAGUCUUAUUUUUCAAACCCUAUUUAAAGAGAAGUCUGCCUCACAUGUAUGAAUCAGAAAAGCAAGUUGUGUGCUAAAAAGCUGCCUGUGGAGUAAUUUAGCAUGUAUACUGUCACUGUGGGCUCCUUGAAUCUGUUAAAAUCAUAAAGGCUGCAAAGAAC